UUCAGCUUUAGACCUUCCAGACUCCAGAUGUUCCACGACUUCCAUAUCGUCUUUCUGUGCGAGGUUACAAAUGGUUAUUAAAGCUGAAAUUCGAAAAUACGCAAUUUCAUGAAGCAGUAAAUUGUGCUGUUUUAAAGGCAUUUCCUGAUGGCAAUUUGACAGUCGGAGAAGAAAGUGUCGUGUUGGUUCCACGCAAAUAAUCAGCGGAAAAUCUAGUCGCGCAAAUUCUUCAGAGAGUAAUUCAAGCGGUUACGUUUAAUAUGAAGCACUGUGUGGUGUAGAACGACAAAAAUGACGGAAAUUGAAAAGUGGAUGCGGAAACAUUACACACAAGAAAAUCCUGACACAAUAAGGUGUAAUCGUUGUAAAGAAGUUUUUUCUAAUCAUGAUAGACUGCAAAUAUUAAAAUAUCACUUAUACGAUGAACAUGAAAUAACAGAAUUAGACGAAUAUCCAAGGCGUUACAACAUAAAGGAAAAUUACGAAAUAACGUGUUUAACGGCAACAUGCAAGCAUUGUAUGAAGAAAAUUAAUUUUGCAAUUCAUGGCGUGCAUAUUUUAAUGACUCAUUUAAAAAUUAUUCACCCGGAUAAAUAUAAACAUUUAAGCAAAGGAAAAAGAUCACUUCUAUGGGACAAGUUUGAUGAAAGAGGCGAUUAUGCAACUUGCAAAGAAUGUAAGAAAAAGCUAGCAUUAAAUGGUAAAAGUCCUACGACAAAUUUACAACAGCACUUAUCACGUUGCCGCCACUUAAAUCUUGAUCACCUAAAUAAAGAUGAGUUGACGAAAAUACGAAGGAGGUCACUUGUAUGGGACAAGUACGAUGUAAUGGGCAACAAGGCGACAUGCAAGAGAUGUACAAAAAAAGUAUUCAUACGUAAUCUUAAAAAUCCUCUACCGAAUUUAAGAUACCACUUAUAUCACUGCUACUACUUAAAUCUUGAUCAGGCAAGUAAAGAUGAGCUGAAGAAAAUACGAAGGAGAUCACGUAUAUGGGACAAGUACGAUGUAAUGGACAACAAGGCGGCGUGCAAAGAAUGUAAGAAAAUAUUAAAAAUAAAUGGUAAAACGGAUAGUUUAAAGAACCACUUUCUUUAUUGCCGUCGCUUAAAUCUUGGUCACAUAAGUAAAGCUGAGUUGAAAAAGAAACGAAGAAGAUCACAAGUAUGGGAGAACUUCGAUGAUGUAGAAGGAAAUAUGGAAAUAGUAAUAUGCAAACACUGUAAAAGAGAAGUAAAAUUAGGUCUAUCUGCAUCGUCACGUUUAGCUGGACACUUACGGCAUUGUCGUCGCAUAAAUCUUGAUGAAGAUGAGUUGAGAAAGAGACGAAGAAGAUCACAAGUAUGGGAAAAGUUCGAUGAUGAAGAGGGAAACAUGGAAAUAGCAAUAUGCAAACAAUGUAAAAAAGCAGUAAAAUUAGGUCCAUCUGCAACGUCACGUUUAACUGCACACUUACAGUAUUGUCGAAGCAAAAAAGAAGAUAUGAAGAAUAUCGCACCUACAGAACAAGUACAAUGUGAUCGGCAAGACGACAUGCAAGGGAUGUAAGAAAAUAACAAACGUAUUUAGUAGAACAUCAGGUCCGACACAAGGUUUAAACUGUUACUCACGUAAAUGUCGAUUAAUACGAAAAAUAUUUGAAAUAACAAUGGAUCUAAAAGAGGUACAGUGAUGUAAUAACGUUUAAAGAUGUGAUUAUAAGAUUUCAUAAUUAUUCUGUAAAUGGUUGCAUUCAGCAGCAAAAGCUGCUUUGCAACUGUUGUAAUCGCGAAUCUGAUUGACAUAUUUUCUUAAUCUUACAAUUAGCUGAAUUUAAGAACAUACGUCAAUCAGAUUCUCGAAUUGUACAACAGUGGCAAAGCAGCUUUUCCUGCUGAAAACAGCCAAUAUAAAAGCGUCGUUAUUGCGCAUAUUGAUGUCACGUGAUAGUAAUGUAACGUGUAGUGAGCCAAUAAGAAACCUAGUGAGAAAUAAUUCUUCGAUCAAUGUCGAAACAAUGUAGAAUCGAUAUCGACAACCGUCAAUUGACGUCGAUUACGAGUCAUUUCUUGCUGAGAAUACCUAGGAAUGCAAUUACGAUUCAAAUGUUCAAACAAUUGUACAAUAUAUAUUUAACUUAAAAUCUGUAGUAGAAUAAUAUAAUAAUACUAAACC